GAAAGCCAUUGAUAAAGGUGUUGGUUGGAGGGAUACUUCAAGUUUGGAAUACAACAUGGCUUCACCAGAAUAUUUGAUAAAAAGGGUCGGCUCAAGUUUGUGGGAAAUUUUCAGAAUGGUAUAGCAGUCGGAGUUUGUUGGAAGAUAAUUCGGGGUGGUGGAUGUGUGGUAGGACGGGUUGACCAGCACGGUGAGCUGACAGGAUGCAGAAUAGCAUACAUAUAUCCUGAUUUUCAUACAGCACUAGUCGGAAGUUUCAUCAAAGGAACUAUGCAGUCAGCCCAACAGGCAACAAUUGAGAGUAUUAUUGAUGACGAAAGUGGAGUAAAAAUGCCUGUAUUUAGCAGGCCAAGCGGACAUGUUCAUAACAGACAAAUAGGAACAUAUGAUUAUAUAUGUAAAGAUCCGUUGAUCAGAGAUCCCUAUGAAUUAAGAUUUACAGAAGUUCAACGUUCCCGAAUACCAGGAGCAAGUGAAGGAAUAUUUACAAAACAGGAUAUUGAACCAAAUACUAUAAUUGCUUUCUACAAUGGGUCAAGGGCUGAUCCUGUUGAGUUUGAUCCUACAACAUGGGAGACAAAUAACUAUCGUAUCUUUGAUCCGGCAGAUAUACCUAACGGAACAAUAGAUAUUCCUAUCUGGGCACAGGAUGUUAAAAGAUAUUGCGGAACUUUGGCGCACAAAUGCAACCACAGCUUUCUCCCCAAUGCGGAGUUUGUCGUCUUCGAUCAUCCUAAAUUCGGACUAAUUCCUUGCAUAACAUCAACAACUGAUAUUUACGCGGGAGAAGAGAUAUUGGUUGGAUAUGGAUAUGAUUUAAAUGAUUCUCCAGAUUGGUACACUCAAGCUUGGCACAAUAGUAUAUUUGCUGCUCAGGGAGUCAGCUAUCAGGAUUGGAUGGAUUGUAAUGUUAAGCGUCCAUUUAAUAUUAAAGAAACACGUCGCGAUGCGUAGAUUCAAUCCUUUAAUCACCGUGGUGUUCUGGACGGAGAGCCUUCCCACAUAGAUUCAGCCUGCUUAGUAAAGUCUCAUUUAAAAGACAGGGGCGACUUUGAAGUGUCGCAACGCUUAUGUUUUUCUUUAGCAAUUUACAUGUACAUUGAGAGCUUGAGGCCUUUAGAUCACAGUGCACAUAGAUUCAGGCCGCGGCAUAUAAAGUCUUAUUAAUUUUUAAAGACGCCUAGAGCAAUUUGAUUCUCUAACAUACUUAUGCUUUUCUGUAGCGUAGAUCUUUUCAUGUCUAUAUAGAGCACUUGUUGUUAUCUUUGCUUUUUAAGAAGUAAUUGGUAAAAUUCUCUCGAUUAGUGCUUGAGACCUUGAAUACUUUAAAUCACAGUGACCCUGGAGACCCCAUAUGUUUUUUCAUCAUUUCGACACAAAUUUAGACAUGAUCAGCCCAAUCUUAAAACUUUUUAAAUUAUUUUUUUAUAUAAAUAAAUCACUUAUUUCUACAAUAUUUAAUUAAAGGGAGAAAACGCAAUAAAUGGGUUUUCCUCGCAAAUGUCGCCUUCCUUUCAAAUUAUCAAACAGUCAUUAUUUCUUCGAGGACACAAAGCCCGCGGCGUUGAGACACUUAAAAGUCGACCCUGUCUUAAAAAUUGAGGAGACUUUUUAUAAGCAGACUGACUCUAGCUAUGUAAUAUAUAUCUUUAA